CAUAUUUUAUUGUUGACCAAGCACUUAUUUUUCAGAUAGCAAAGUACACUUUCAAAUUACAUAUACUUCUUUCUAUAUCUAAAAAUUAUAUCACAAAACAAACACUAGAUUAUAGUUGGUUUCCAAUAAUACACAUUCACUAACUGCAAAAUGAGAACUCAUUCCCAAUUGCUGUUGUACUUCAUGCUGUCAACAACAGUUGCUCUUGCUUUGAGUUUGAGUUCAGUGACUGAUAAACAUGCUUUGCUUUCUUUGAAAGAAAAACUUACCAAUGGUAUACCUGAUGCUCUUCCAUCAUGGAAUGAAUCUCUUCAUUUCUGUGAAUGGGAGGGUGUUACAUGCGGUCGACGCCACAUGAGAGUCUCUGUCUUGCAUUUGGAAAAUCAAAAUUGGGGUGGUACUCUUGGACCAUCCUUAGGAAAUCUAACCUUUCUCAGAAAACUCAAACUUUCCAACAUCGAUUUGCACGGUGAAAUUCCAAAAGAAGUUGGUCUUUUGAAGAGGUUGCAAGUUCUUGACUUGAGCAAGAACAAAUUUCAUGGUAAGAUUCCUUUUGAGCUUACCAACUGCACCAAUCUUCAAGAAAUUAUCUUGUUGUACAAUCAACUCACUGGAAAUGUUCCCUCAUGGUUUGGUUCCAUGACGCAGCUUAAUAAGUUGCUUCUUGGAGCAAAUAAUUUGGUAGGUCAAAUCCCACCUUCCUUGGGAAAUAUUUCAUCCCUCCAAAAUAUAACACUUGCAAGAAAUCAAUUGGAAGGAAAUAUACCUUAUACCUUGGGUAAGUUAUCAAAUUUAAGAGAUCUAAAUCUGGGUUCAAAUAAUUUUUCGGGUGAAAUCCCUCAUUCUCUUUACAAUCUAUCAAAAAUUUAUGUUUUCAUCCUUGGGCAAAACCAAUUAUUUGGUACUCUUCCAUCAAAUAUGCAUCUUGUUUUUCCUAAUCUUAGAUCAUUUUUGGUGGGAGGGAACCACAUAAGCGGAACUUUUCCGUGUUCAAUAUCCAACCUCACUGAAUUACGAUGGUUUGAUAUAUCAUGGAAUGGUUUUAAUGGACAGAUACCUCUAACUUUGGGAUCGUUAAACAAACUCAAGAGGAUUCGAGUUGAUAAUAAUAAUUUUGGAAGUGGUGGAUCUCACGAUUUGAACUUUCUUUCCUCAUUAACCAAUUGUACUAAGUUGGAACAACUAAUUUUGGAUGGAAAUGGAUUUGGUGGUGUCUUGCCUUAUUAUGUAGGCAACCUUUCUACCUAUCUUAGUGUGCUUAGUAUGGCAAAAAAUCAAAUAUACGGAGUGAUACCUGAAAGUUUGGGACAACUAAUCAAUUUAACUGAAUUCGAUAUGAUGAGGAAUUUCCUUGAGGGAAAGAUUCCAAAUUCAAUUGGAAAACUGAAGAAUCUAGGAAGACUGGUCUUGCAACAAAACAGUUUAUCUGGUAAUAUUACUACUAUUGGUAACCUUACUACGUUGUUUGAACUUUAUCUUCAUACCAAUAAUUUUGAAGGAAGUAUUCCAAUAACCCUUAGACAUUGCACUCAAUUACAGACAUUUGGUAUUUCUACGAAUAAUUUGAGUGGUGAUAUACCUGAUCAUCUAUUUGGCUAUCUAGAAAAUUUAAUAAACCUUGACUUGUCUAAUAACUCUCUGACUGGUCCCCUUCCUUUAGGGUUUGGUAACUUGAAGCAUCUUUCUCUAUUGUACCUAUAUGAAAACAAGUUGUCUGGUGAAAUUCCGAGUGACCUUGGCACUUGUUUAUCAUUAACAGAGCUUAUACUGGAGAGAAACUUUUUCCAUGGCAGUAUACCUUGGUUCUUGGGAUCAUUAAGAUCCCUAGAAGUCUUAGACAUUUCAAAUAAUAGUUUUUCAAGCACAAUCCCCCUUGAACUAGAAAAUUUAGUAUAUUUGAAUACUUUGGACUUGUCUUUUAACAAUCUUUAUGGUGAGGUUCCCACAAGAGGUGUCUUCAGCAACGUCUCCGCAAUUAAUUCCCUAACUGGAAACAAGAACCUUUGUGGAGGAAUACCUCAAUUGAAACUUCCUCCAUGUCUUAAGGUACCUGCCAAGAAGCACAAAAGAACUCCAAAAGAAAAACUUAUCCUCAUCAGUGUAAUUGGUGGGGUUGUGAUCUCUGUCAUAGCUUUUACAAUUGUUCACUUUCUCACGAGAAAGCCCAAAAGGUUAUCUUCUUCACCAUCUUUGAUAAACGGGAGCUUGAGGGUUACUUAUGGAGAGCUACAUGAAGCAACCAAUGGAUUUUCUUCAUCCAAUUUGGUCGGUACAGGAAGCUUCGGUUCUGUUUACAAAGGAUCUCUUCUCUACUUUGAAAAACCUAUUGCUGUAAAGGUGUUGAAUCUUGAAACACGUGGAGCAGCAAAGAGUUUCAUGGUGGAAUGCAAUGCUUUAGGAAAGAUGAAGCACCGUAAUCUUGUGAAAAUCCUAACUUGCUGUUCAAGUGUUGAUUAUAAUGGUGAAGAUUUUAAGGCCAUUGUUUUUGAGUUCAUGCCUAGUGGGAAUCUAGAAAACCUGUUGCAUGGUAACGAAGAUCAUGAGUCUAGAAAUCUGAAUCUCAAUUUCACACAAAGGUUAGACAUUGCUCUCGACGUAGCUCAUGCAUUGGAUUAUCUUCACAAUGAUACAGAGCAAGUUGUAGUUCAUUGUGAUGUUAAACCAAGCAAUGUUCUUCUUGAUGAUGACGGUGUGACCCACUUAGGAGACUUUGGCGUAGCUAGGUUCCUCCAUGGAGCUACAGAAUAUUCAAGUAAAAAUCAAGUUAUUUCCUCCACAAUUAAAGGAACUAUAGGAUAUAUUCCUCCUGAGUAUGGAUCAGGUGGUAUGGUAUCACCACAGGGAGAUAUCUAUAGCUAUGGAAUUGUUCUGUUAGAGAUGCUUACUGGAAAGAGACCAACAGAUAACAUGUUUUAUGAGAAUUUAAGUUUACACAAAUUCUGUAAGAUGAGAAUUCCUGAAGGAAUUCUUGAUGUAGUGGAUUCAUGCUUGCUUAUGUCAUUUGCUGAAGAUCAAACACAAGUUAUGGAAAACAACAUAAAGGAGUGUUUAGUGAUGUUUGCUAAAAUAGGAAUUGCAUGUUCUGAAGAAUUUCCUACUCAGAGAAUGCUCACAAAAGAUGUUAUAGUUAAGUUGCUUGAAAUUAAACGGAAAUUGUCAUCCUAGAAGCUAUCACUACUGUGAUAAGAAAAUAAUGGUGUUCACCUCGAUGGACAACUCUUGUAUUUCUCAUGUGUGUUUUUAGUUUUGUUAUUUUGUACUACUUCAAUUCCUAUAUAUGUAGCGUGACAAGA